AUGUUGUGGGCCUGGAGGAUCCUGACUCGAUGUAGGUACUUUUCGAGCGUGGUUGGUGAUCCGAAGAUGGCGGCGACUUUAGAUGAUGAGAUCGCAACUCUUAGUGCGCGAGUGGAUGCGCUGCGAAACCAAGUAAAGAUCCAAGCAUCAACUCUCCUAUCGGCCCCGUCAACACACAAGCUCCUCCUCACCAGUCCCACCGCCGCACUCACCCUUCCGGGCCCCAACAAGAGCACCACCGAGCCCUCCGCCCACCAACAACUCCUCACCCAGGCGGCAGCCCAGCAAGCCCACAACCAGCAAUGUCUCUACCGGGCCUGCGCCUCCAUCACCACCUUCCUAGCCCGCGACCCAGACCCGCACGCCGCCGACGGCGGCUCCGUACUGGGCAUCCGCCUCGAGGUGAUGCGACGCGGCCGCUUCUUACGGCCGUACUACGUGCUCCUGAACCGGCCCUACCCGGAGCAGCAGCAAAACGACGACAACCACAGGGGGAACCCCCGCCGCCGCCCCCGCUACCUCCGCGUCCACCGCCACACCAUCCCGGCAAGCAUCCCGCUCGCGGGCCUGGCCGCGCGGUACCUACCUCCGCCUCCCCGGCCGCGGACAGGUAACGACGACGACAACGCCCGCCCGGCGGCAAGGCAGCAGGACCUGUCGCGGUUCGCGCGCGCCCUGCGGAGGGAGCUGGUGCGGUACCACAGCCGCAUGGCCGCGGUCGCGGACCUGCGGAAGGCGGCCGGGCUGGGGCGGCGGCGGCGGCGCGAAGGGGAGGAGGAUGCGGCGGCGGCGCAGAUGAGAGAAGAUGGCGGUGGCAGUGGCAGGCACGGGCUCGUCGACAUCAGCCCCGCGGACGCCGAGGCGAGGCAGAUCAAGGUCGAGUGGGCGGACGGGCGGAACGGGCGGCUAGUCGUGGACGAGGACGGCGAGGUCGUCAGGUUUGUUGUGUUUGGUGAGGGGGGCCGCGAUCGGGCCGCGGAGCGGGAGCUGCUCGGCGGGUCGACGCGGCUGGAGGAUGUAGCGAGGAGGUUGGCUGCGGAGCGGCAGCAACAGCAGGCGGGCUAGGACCGGCACUGUGGUAGGCCCCGCGGUUCGGCGGGCCCUUGCU